UGGAGGGAAAGGGAGCGCUUCCGCCGCGCUUCCCCUCCCCCCCCUCCGGGAGGCCAAGCAGCCAAACUAUUUCACAUCCAGCAUCUGUCAAGGCGUCGCUUCGCCCUCUCCCUCGUCAGCAGACAGACAGACAGAGACCAUUUCGGGAUGGCUCCGUCCAACUUCCAUUUCGGCGUAUGCGUCUGAGGCGCCACCCGCUCACCCGCCCUUUCCCUUUGUUUUUCAUCGGGCAACCGGCGACCCCUCGCUCUCCUUUGAAAGGGCUCUGUUGCAGCCCCAUCUGAGGCAAUCGCCUUGAGGCGAUUUGGGCCGGUGUGUGUGUGUGUGUGUGUGUGUGUGUGUAAGUAAGGCCGGGAUCGGUCUCCUCGAGGCUGUUUGGAGAAGCACCCUCCCAUCCCCAGUCUAUGCCAUCCUCACACACAGGAAGAGCGGGAGAGCUUGUUUUGUCUCCGAAAUCACUAGACCUGCCCACUGGAUUUCUCCGCCGGAUCGACGGCUUUGAGGAGUUGGAGAGGAGCGGGGGAGGGGGAGAACGCAUGUGUGUAUGGACACUCCCAGAGAAGGGUUUUGUCUUGCUCAGUAGGGCUGACCGAAGAGUCACCGUCGGUUUUUGAAGCCGGCCGCCUCUCUCCUCGCUUGGAGAUCUGUUCAGGAUUAGCAAAGGGGGGGGGAGUUUGAGGGGGAAUCUUCCUCCUCGCCCCACACCCACCCCACUCAAGAACCUCACAUUCCCCGGCGCUCCUCUGCAGUUUGGGCGAGUUUGGGACUACUUAGCAAUCGAAUCUGAUUUGGGUUUCUUUGCUUCACACACACACGCGCACACACUUGCCCUUGUUACGCCGUUGGACUAAGAUCGUCUUUUGGCUUCGCAGGCUGGAAAAAGAAGACGACCGUGGGGACUGGCAUACGUAGGCGCCUCUCCUACUGGUCUCAAUGAAACCGGUUCGGAAUAAAAAGUGAUUUUUCUCCACCCCGGAUUUAAAGGGGCGGAAAAGGACGCGCGAAUCUUCCCUGCGCGCUGUUUUCGGUUUUGUUUUGUAUUUUGCGCCCCCGUCCCCAAGCGAGAGACUAACAAAGGGGGCAGCCCCGGAGGCGCUAUGGCGAAGCUCUGGGGAGCCAAUAUAGCGGCGGCUGUGCUUUUCCUUGUGCAGUGUUUCGCGGACCGGCUGCAGCUCCUCGAUGCCCUGAAGCCGAGGCAGAGCCACGGUGCAUUUUAUGAAAUGGUUCAGAGCUUUCCUCGAGUGGAGGAGAAUGUUCGUGUGGAUUCCUACAGAUAUAGCCACAGAUGGAAACGACAUUCUGAGUUUCUCAAGUCAGUUGACACCAACAGAGCCAGCAUGGGGCAGGACUCCUCAGAACCUGUGGGCUUCACAGAUCUGCUGCUUGAUGACACACAUGACAACACAACCCAGAUUGAGGAGGAUAUGGACCACAAUUAUUACACUUCUAGGACAUAUGGCCCAUUUGAUUCUACCAGCCGAGAUCUGUGGGUGAACAUUGACAAAAUGGAGAAAGAUAAAGUGAAAAUUCAUGGGAUUCUCUCCAACACACAUCGGCAAGCUGCAAGAGUGAAUCUAUCGUUCGAUUUUCCAUUUUAUGGCCAUUUCCUACGUGAAAUUACUGUGGCAACUGGGGGUUUCAUAUAUACAGGAGAAGUUGUGCAUCGAAUGCUAACAGCUACGCAAUACAUUGCACCUUUGAUGGCCAACUUUGACCCUAGUGUAUCAAGAAACUCAACUGUCAGAUACUUUGAUAAUGGUACUGCAUUGGUUGUCCAGUGGGAUCAUGUACAUCUACAGGAUAAUUACAAUCUGGGCAGCUUCACUUUUCAAGCAGCACUUCUCAAUGAUGGGCGUAUCAUAUUUGGCUAUAAAGAGAUUCCUGUCUCAGUGACACAGAUCAGUUCAACCAAUCACCCUGUGAAAGUGGGCCUGUCAGAUGCCUUUGUGGUUGUCCACAGGAUCCAGCAAAUUCCCAAUGUCCGUAGAAGAACGAUAUAUGAGUAUCACAGAGUGGAGCUUCAAAUGUCAAAGGUUACCAAUUUGUCAGCCGUUGAGAUGAUUCCUCUACCCACCUGCCUCCAGUUUAAUAGCUGUGGGCCCUGUGUCACGGCCCAGAUUGGCUUCAACUGCAGCUGGUGCAAUAAACUCCAGAGAUGUUCCAGUGGAUUUGAUCGUCACCGGCAAGACUGGGUAGAUGGUGGAUGCCCUGAAGAGUCUAAAGAUAAGAUUUGUGAGAAGAGUGUAGACACAACUCAAAUGCCUCCUCACACCACCAUUGCACUCCAGCAGACUACAAUGCGAUUCAGAGUUCUAGCCACUACCAAAGGAGCCACAGCAUCCCAUCUACCAACUAGCCUCCCCACAGAAGAUGAUACCAAGAUAGCUCUACAUCUAAAAGAUAAUGGAGCCUCAACAGAUGACAGUGCAGCAGAGAGAAAAAGCGGAACUCUUCACGCUGGCUUAAUUGUUGGAAUUUUCAUACUGGUCCUGAUAGUAGCAGCAGCGAUACUUGUGACAGUUUAUAUGUACCACCAUCCGACAUCAGCAGCCAGUCUCUUCUUUAUUGAGCGUCGCCCAAGCAGAUGGCCUGCAAUGAAAUUUCGGAGAGGCUCUGGACACCCUGCAUACACUGAAGUGGAGCCUGUUGGCGAGAAGGAAGGAUUCAUUGUCUCAGAUCAGUGCUAGGAUUUCUAAGGCAGAUCACUAGUAUUGGCCUACUGGUGUAAGCCAUUUACUCUGUCUCUCAUUAAAGAAACAGAAGCUGCUGUAAACUGAGAGAGACAGAAUGGAUUUCUCAAUAAACUUUCUCCAAGGAAAAGAGACGUAUCUAGGAUACCCGAUUACCCUUUCAAAGAGAUCCCACCCUUUCAAAGCAGAUCAUCUAAUAUUUCAGUGGCACAUGUCAGAAACACCUACAGUAGGAGAAUGAUGACACAAUUACCAUGCUCUUGGUUCUGGUAUAGAAGAUGUAGAGCGAUUCAGAAAAUGUAUACAAAGCUUAAGCUCAGAACAGUGCUUCCUUGUUUGAUCCAGCACAGUGGUGAUGUUUUGGGUUUUUUUAACUGUUAACAAUGGGUUACCCUUUCUUGCCCAGAGGCAAUGCAUUGACAAGGCUGCUGGUGAGAUCAACCUGACGCAGAUAACAUAGCUAAGAAAUUUUCUAUACUUUCAUGAGGAAUGCAGUUUUUGAAUUCCAAAACAAAAACCACCCAAUUCCAUAAACAUGGUAUCUAUCUGGAAAUAGCAGUGUUUCUUGAAUUCAGUAGAUAUAUUUCCCUUGAACUGUGAUUAUGAUUAUUUUUAUCACAACUAUAGUUCUAUAGUUGACAAAGCACUAGAGAGGUUUUUUUUAAAAAGCAAGAAGGUUUUUCACUAUGGUGAAAUUGGGCUGUCCAACUGGAAUAUAUAGUGAAAUUGGACUAAUAUUCAGUUUCAAUGUUCACAAAAGUGAGAUAAGGCUGCCAUGUUAGGCACACUCACUUGGGAGUAAGUCCAGCUGAGCUCAGUGAGGCUCAGUUUCUAGUGACUGCCUAGUAUUUAACUGUUAGUUUUGGGGAUAUUGCUAAUGAUCCUGAAAGGAGAGUUGAAACAGAAGUGGUAGUUGCGUCUGGCUGAUGCCAGGGAAAAACAGCCAUGAAACCCAAGCAAAAUCUUGCCAUUUUUAACUCUUGCCAUUCUUUCACAGGUUGCAUUGUUGGUUCGAAUGCACUCCUCCCCAAGAUAAACAUUAAAGGUGUUGCAAUCCCUGCAGAUUCAUGUAGAAAUAUUGUUUAAUGCAUAUAGUAGCUGCAUAUAUAUAAAUAUAUUUUUUUUUAUAGCUAACACAAGGCAGGCUCUUGUGACUGUUAAAAGUGCUUUUUUUUUUUGCCAUCCUGACGAUGGAAAUAGAUUGCAUUGCUGCAUAUUUCCACUGAGUUGUAAAAUAAUCCUUAAUAUUAAAAUUAAAUUUUAUGUUGUGUAGGAAAGAUGGUUCAUUUAUCUGCAAUGCUAUAACUUUGUCUGCCUCUAGAAGCCACGGUUUCUUAAACAACAAAACCCUUUCCUUUCCUGGCUAGGGAAAGAUAAUAUUUUAAAAAUUACUCCCAUUGAAAUAUUAUUUUGGUUGGAAAGGGGGAAAUACAUAUUGAGCUACUAAAAUGUCUGUUCGGAUUUUGUAUGGACAUUACAUCAUAAACCUUGCCAUUCCUAUUUUUCACAUUCCAUAUGAGCAGCAGCAAUUGAACCAUAGUAGUUUCAAACUGUUUAGACACCUUUUCAGGUGCCACCUUUAUAACAUAGUUCUUUACAUUUUCACGUCAAUACUUGUAUGGUUCUGUUUUUUUUAAG